AUCGCCUAUAAAUAAAAAUUAAAAUUUUAAUGGAAAUACAUGAUACUUUAAAUUUAUUAUCAUCAAAUGAUGAACACUCUCGUACUAUAAGCUUUGAAAAAUUGGCAGGAAUACUAUCUCAAAUUGACCUAAAAUAUGAUGAAAAGGAUUAUUUUAAAAUCUGGAAAGCCCUUUUUUUUCAUUUGUGGAUGACCGAUAAAAUGAUUAAUCAAGAAAAUGUUGCAUCAGAUAUAUCACAGAUACUUUUAGAUUUUCAUGAAACUAGCAACUCCUUUUUAUUUUUUGACACAUUUUUACAAACCAUCGAUAGGGAGUAUAAAGUUAUAGACGCCUAUAGAAUUGAUAAAUUUUUAUUGUUAACAAGGAAAAUGAUAUAUCAAUCUUUCAAGCUAUUGGCAAAUAAUGACUGGGAAGGAGCCUAUUGCAAACCAUUUUUUGAUAUUAUAACAAAAUCUGUUUUGACAAAAUCUCAAAACGUAACAGAUACUCCCCACAAUAUUUCUUUUGUUUUUCAUAUCAUUGACAUUUAUUUACCUGAACUUCUUCAAGUUGGGCGUUCUUCGAUUACUUGUUCAAAGGCUCUCAAAAUGCUCACACCUUUCUUCCACAUCAUGUCUAUCGAAAAAAGUCGACAGAUCAUUGAUCGGAUAAAUUUAAAUAUAUUCGAAUACAUUAUGACACAAUCAGAAGUUGAACAGAAAUUAUGCCAAGAAGCGGAAGGGGAGAUAAAUUUGGAUCUGCCUUAUUUUCACAACAAACAUUCAAAAAAAGAAUUUCGUGCUGAUAAUACAUAUAUAUUUAUUAAUUAUGAUGAAAUUGCUAAAAUUUUGUAUCAACAUGGCUCCGAUAAAAAAUGUCCUCCAAAAAACAGAAAAAUUAUAUACGAUUUAACUCAAAAGUUUGAAAAGCUUGCCAGAGGAGAGUAUCCAUUGAUAGAAGAAUACAAAGUUCAAAAUUCAUUGAAAAGAGCUCAUAAGAAAAGUGCUUUUUUAAAAUUGAUUACGUCAGAUGAAUCUGGAAUAAAUAAAAAAAGGCAAAAACUUUCCAAAAAUAAAAAGAUCAAAACAUGAAAUGAAAUUGGUUUACGCAUGUGUUCAUAAUUUUAUAUAAUAUGAGAAAUAA